AUGAAAUAUUUGGCUUUAAUUACACUAUCUUGCUUAAUUGCAUCAAUUUCAUCAGCACCAACUCAAAUAUCUGACAAUAAUGUUGGUGAUAUUGUAAAUGUUGGAGUGAGAGCAGAUGUUAAUGUCAGCAGUCAAGUAGAUGUCACAUUAAUCAACAUAAUGGCAAAAUUAUUAAGUCAAAAUCUUGCUGUAAUUAUCCCUCCAAGAAAUCCACCAAUCGAUCCAACAGAAUCGCCUAUUGAAACGACAGUAGCACCAAAUCCUCAACCAGAAAUUCCAAACAUCCCAAAAAUCACACCAGAAAUGAUUGAUCAAUUCAGAGGAUUACUUUCUAAAAGCGUUUAA